AUGCUCUCCAUUAAUAUCCCCCAGCAUACCACGCCAGACAGUUACCAGUUGAGCGAAGUCCCCGUUCCUAAGAUCGACAGCCCCAAAGACAUCUUGAUCAAGACCUAUGCGGCAAGUAUCAAUCCAAUUGAUGUCAAAAAAGCUUCUGGUGCUUCGAAACUGGCCUUGAAGGAUAGUUUUCCCUACAAAAUCGGCUAUGACUGCGCUGGCGUCGUUGAGGAAGUCGGAUCCGAUGUAACCUGCUUCAAAGCCGGCGAUGAAGUCUUUGUGCGUUUACCGGAGUGCCACAGAGGAGCAUGGAGCGAGUACGCAAAGUCUACAGAAGACUUUGUCGCCCCGAAACCAGCUGGACUUUCCAUGGCAGAAGCGGCUUCGAUCCCUCUAGCAGCGAUGACUGCACUACAAGCUCUCCGACGGUAUCAAGGGAAUCUUGAAGGGAAGACCGUCUUCGUUCCAGCCGGAUUAAGUGGCACUGGCUUAUUUGCCUGCCAACUGGCCAAGAGCAUCUUCAAAGCCGGCAAAGUAAUCACCACCGUCUCCACGGCCAAAGUAUCCAAAGUCGACGAACUACUCGGCCAAGGUGUCGUAGACGAGGUAAUCGACUACUCAAAAACAGAUCCCAAGACUAGCAUUCCCGAGCGUUCUGUCGACUUCAUUCUCGACACAACAGCCAGCGCAAUGGCCUAUCUCUCUCUUAUGCGCCCGGGAACAGGCACGAUCGUCACCAUCUCCAUCCUGACUUCGGGAGAUGUCCUCCAGAACUCAAGUCUUAUGCGUCUAUCGCCUGAUCCGGCUGACAAGGCUCCUGCGCCGUUCCCUCUGCGUUUCUCGUUGAAUGUACUAGAUCGGAUUCGUGUGUUGCGGGCUUCACGGUGGAAGGUGAAGUACUUCUCUAUCUUUCUUGAGCCGAAUGCGAAGGAUCUUGAGUUGGUGAAGGGGUGGGUUGAGAGUGGGAAGGUGAGGACUGUGGUUGGGACGAGGGCUCAUUAUAAGGAUGUUGGGGCUGUGAGGGACGCAUGUCAGAAGGUGUUUGACGGGAAGGGAGGUGUUGGGAAGGCGGUUAUUUUAUUUGACUAA